AUCACUCCUUUUCUUAUGGCAUUUCGCCUCAACACCCAUUCCUCAUUCUCCUCUUCUUUUCAUUAAUUCCGUUUCCAUAAAGACACACCCAAUGGCGCUGCUUAAUAUUAUUCUUGUGUUUCUGCAUUUGGUUCUGCAACUGAGUGUCCGAGUCAACUCUGAGCCAACACGGGACAAGCAAGCCCUCCUUGCUUUUAUCUCCCAAACCCCACACUCUAACAGAGUCCAAUGGAACGCUUCCGACUCGGCUUGCAACUGGGUCGGUGUUCAAUGCGACUCUUCACGUUCCUUUGUCUAUUCCCUCCGUUUACCCGGCGUUGGCCUUUUGGGUCGGGUUCCGACCAACACAAUCGGACGCCUCACACAGCUUCGGGUCCUCAGUCUCCGCUCCAAUGGCCUCACCGGCGAGAUCCCCUCUGAUUUCUCCGAUUUGACCUUCCUUCGCAGCCUUUACCUCCAGAAGAAUCAGUUCUCUGGCGAGUUCCCUCCUAGUUUGACUCGCUUGACUCGUUUGAAUCGCUUGGAUCUCUCCACCAACAACUUCACCGGAUCAAUUCCUUUCUCCAUCAACAACUUGACCCACCUCACCGGUCUCUUCUUGCAGAACAACGGCUUCUCCGGUAGCCUCCCAAGCGUUACAGCCAAAUUGGUUGAUUUCAAUGUUUCCAAUAACAGCCUUAACGGCUCCAUCCCCGAGACACUCUCCAAGUUCCCCGAAUCCUCAUUCGCCGGAAAUUCAGAUCUCUGCGGGCCACCUUUGAAACAUUGUACCCCGUUUUUUGCCCCGGCGCCGUCACCUGCGUCCAUUUCGCCGGCGAACCCGGCGGGGAAGAAGUCCAAAAAGCUCUCCACUGGUGCCAUUAUCGGAAUCGUUGUUGGGUCUGUUCUCGGCGUCUUGUUAUUGCUGCUACUCCUGCUGCUUUGCCUCCGCAGGCGGCAACGCCGGCAACCGGCUAAGCCGCCGAAGGCCGUGAUUGCGGAACGUGCGGCACCGGCGGAGGCAGGAACGUCGUCGUCGAAGGACGAUAUCACGGGUGGGUCGGCGGAGGCGGAGAGGAACAAAUUGGUGUUCUUCGAAGGAGGAAUAUACAGCUUCGAUUUGGAGGAUUUGCUGAGGGCUUCGGCGGAGGUUUUGGGGAAGGGGAGUGUGGGGACUUCGUACAAGGCGGUGUUGGAAGAAGGGACGACGGUGGUAGUGAAGAGGUUGAAGGAUGUUGUUGUGACCAAAAAAGAGUUUGAGAUGCAAAUGGAGGUUCUGGGUAAAAUCAAGCAUGAAAAUGUGGUUCCUCUAAGAGCCUUUUAUUUCUCCAAGGAUGAGAAAUUGCUCGUUUACGACUACAUGUCUGCUGGUAGUUUGUCUGCUCUGCUUCACGGGAGCAGAGGAUCUGGGCGAACCCCGCUAGACUGGGACAACAGGAGGAGAAUAGCAUUAGGAGCCGCAAGAGGCUUGGCAUACCUCCACGUGUCAGGCAAGGUGGUCCAUGGCAAUAUCAAAUCUUCCAACAUCCUCCUUCGAGGACCGGACCACGACGCCUGCGUUUCGGACUUUGGACUCAACCCCAUGUUCGGCAACGGAGCCCCGUCCAACCGGGUCGCGGGUUAUAGGGCACCCGAGGUUGUAGAAACCCGAAAGGCCAGCUUCAAGUCUGACGUGUACAGUUUUGGUGUGUUGUUGUUGGAAUUAUUAACGGGGAAAGCACCCAACCAAGCUUCUUUGGGUGAGGAGGGUAUUGAUCUGCCCAGGUGGGUCCAGUCAGUGGUUCGUGAAGAGUGGACCGCGGAAGUGUUCGAUGCCGAGCUAAUGAGGUUCCAUAACAUUGAGGAGGAGAUGGUUCAGUUGUUGCAGAUUGCGAUGGCUUGUGUUUCGGUUGUGCCUGACCAGAGGCCUAGCAUGCAAGACGUGGUGCGAAUGAUUGAGGACAUGAACCGAGGCGAGACCGAUGAGGGUUUGAGACAGUCCUCCGAUGAUCCUUCAAAAGGGUCCGAGGGUCAGACCCCACCUCCGGAGUCAAGGACUCCAACUACAUCGCUCACACCUUAAUAAAACUUCAAAAAGAGUUGUUGAAAUUCUAAAAAAGAGAAAAAGAGGAAAAGACAAG